AGUAAUGACUCCAGGGGGUCCAUGAGAAGGGAAGGAGGAGCUCCCCCCCCGGACAGACACCCCCCUCACUUGCCUGGCUAUGGAGUGUGUGCAGGUUUCCCCAAGGCAGCAGCCCCAGCAAGGCAAAGCUGCUGAGGGGGACCGUCUCCUGCUGCUGUUGCCGCCGUCGCCUCCUGCUGUGCAGAAGGAAGAGGAGACUCUGUUGAAGGGCUCUGCUCCCUGGGCUGCCUCUCAGACAGACGGCAGCCAAGGUGGGACAGAGCUUCAAGGCAGUUUAGACUUCCCGGCACAUCUUCAGAGCAACCCCGAGAGCCUCUGCUCCCAGCACAACCCUCCUGCAGCAGCAGGGGAUCAUCCUGGCAGCAAUACAGCGGACCAAACGACUGCCUGCUCUUCAAAGGAGGUGUCCAAGGAGGUGGUGAGUUGUGAGGGGACAGAGGACCGGUUGCAGCCGCCCUUGGGCCAAGCGACGCUGAGCCAUCCACUACAGGGAGGAUCCCCCGCGACCGAGGUGGCCUGUUGUAGCCCCACUUUGGCCACAGAGUCUGCUGUGACUGUCCAAGAAUGCCUUAGGGACCUUGCAAGCUCUCCCCCGCAGAGCAUCAGUUUGCAGGAAAAACUAGACUCCACUUCUCAGAACUGUUGUUUAGGCUUGGAAGUGACAAGCCGAGACCAUCCCGAGGAGGACCAAACGGGCCGGGCUUCUCCACCUGCCGAGGAUGAGAAAGUCAAGCCUGGGGCAAAGCAUGUCACGUUUCCUUCCGACGAAGACAUUGUUUCCGGUGCCGUGGAGCCCAAAGACCCCUGGCGGCAUGCUCAGAAUGUGACUGUGGAAGAAAUCAUCACUGCCUACAAGCAAGCCUGUCAGAAGUUGAACUGCAAGCAGAUACCCAAACUACUGAAGCAGAUCCAGGAAUUUAAGGACUUGACUCCCAGGAUAGAUUGCCUGGAUCUAAAAGGCGAGAAGUUGGACUACAAGGCCUGUGAAGCCCUGGAAGAGAUUUUUAAGCGCCUCCAGUUCAAAAUUGUGGAUUUGGAGCAAACUAACCUGGAUGAAGAUGGUGCCUCUGCGCUCUUCGACAUGAUUGAAUACUAUGAGUCAGCCCAGCACCUCAACAUCUCAUUUAACAAACACAUCGGCACCCGGGGCUGGCAGGCAGCUGCGCACAUGAUGAGGAAGACAAACUGCCUCCAGUACCUGGAUGCCCGCAACACGCCUUUGCUGGAUCACUCGGCACCCUUCGUGGCACGGGCCCUGCGUAUCAGCAACAGCCUGGCUGUGCUGCACCUGGAAAACGCCAGCCUGUCUGGUCGCCCCCUCAUGUUGCUGGCCACGGCUCUGAAAAUGAAUAUGAACCUGCGGGAGCUUUACCUGGCUGACAACAAGCUGAACAGCCUCCAGGACUCGGCUCAGCUCGGCAACCUCUUGAAGUUCAACUGCUCCAUACAGAUCCUGGACCUGAGGAACAACCACAUUCUGGACUCGGGGCUGGCCUACAUCUGCGAGGGGCUGAAGGAGCAGCGGAAGGGCCUGGUCACACUGGUGUUGUGGAACAAUCAGCUGACUCACACCGCCAUGGCCUACAUGGGGAUGACGCUGCCCCACACACAGAGCCUGGAGACCCUGAACCUGGGGCACAACCCCAUCGGCAACGAGGGCGUCCGCAACCUGAAGAACGGGCUGAUUGGCAACCGCUCGGUGCUCCGGCUGGGCUUGGCUUCGACCAAGCUGACCUGCGAGGGUGCCGUGGCCGUGGCCGAAUUCAUCGCGGAGAGCCCCCGCCUGCUUCGGCUGGACCUGCGGGAGAACGAGAUCAAGACGGGGGGGCUGAUGGCCUUGUCCCUGGCCCUGAAGGUCAACCACUCGUUGCUGAGGCUGGACCUCGACCGAGAGCCCAAAAAGGAAUCGGUGAAGAGCUUCAUCGAGACCCAGAAGGCCCUCCUGACCGAAAUCCAAAAUGGCUGCAAGCGCAACUUUGUCCUCGCCAAAGAGAAGGAAGAAAAGGAGCAGAAGCUGCAGCAGUCUGCCUCCAUGCCCGAAAUCACUAUCACCGAGCCCCUCGAAGAAGGAGCCGUGGAAGAUGACGGGGAAAACGGGGACGCGGCGUCCACGCCGGAAGAGGGAGAGGAAGUUGGGGAGGCCUUGGAAUCCCACGAGAACGGGGCGGCGGCGGCGGGGCUGGCCGAUGGCAAAGACGAGUCGUCGGAUUCCGAUACGGAGACUGACGAGGAGGACGAGAAGCUGGAGCUGAAGGCUCUCCCGCCCCUGCAGAAGCGCAGCAGCCCCGAUCACGUCACGGCUUUGCCCAAGCCCUGUUGCUCCCCUGAAAAGGCCAAGGAUGCCCUUAGCUCUGAGAGCAGAGUCCCCCCGUUGAACACUACAGAAGAAAUAAAAUGUGAAUUGGCCGUGGGUGUCACGAGUGGGGCUCCAGCCCAGACCAACCCUCCUGGGAACGAGAGGCGGAUCGCAGUCUCCAGUCCCGGGCGAGGCCAUAAGAUCUUUGUGGUGACGCGGGUGGAGAGCCUGCCAGAGAAGCGGGACGGGCGGCAGGCGGAGAGUCCCGGCCCGCAGGCGCCGCCGCCGAUGCCCACGGGCUCCCCAGCCCAAACCCAUUCGGCAGAGACCGAGCGCUCAGACAUGCGGGCGAGUGGGACUGUUUCCGGAGGGGCAGCCAGCUCGGACGUGCCUCCCCUGACGCCGAGCUCUGGUUCGGGGGCGGAAAAGCUGGACUCUGGGCUGUGUGGGGGCGCGAUUCACAACGCCCUGCUGCCCAACGGACUAAAGACGGAGUUUGUUCAUGCACUACCAGAUGCGUCCUUGGGGCGCGACGGGAGGAUUGCCAGUUGCUCUGUAGAACACGAGCUCAGCUGUUCCAAGAACGACAAGGAGCUUGAGGAGCUGCUCUUAGAGGCAAGCCAGGAACCGAUGUGAUGCUUUUGAGUUCUGAGCCAUUCCGUAUGAAGUGGGUUCUGACUUGGGAAGCGCCUGCCUAGCUUUACUUCCUCCCUACGAUUACUUCCCACCAGGUGAUUCUGAGAAAAAACACACACGCCCUGAGUUUGCAAUGCAGAGGCAACGUGAUUUCCCCCUUCCCUGUUUUCCCUCUUUCCUUUUUUGAGAACAGCUCCGUUUGUUCCUGAACUUGUCUCCUUCCACCCCGCCUUCCCUUCACGUUCUUGACUCUUCUUCCCUCGGAAAAGAUGCCCCUGGGCAGGGGGAGAAUCGCAAAGACCUUGCCCAAGAGAAGAGCUGCGUCCUUUCCACACGGAGCAAUCUAUGGCCGCCUUGGCUGCUGCUUUAGCGUCUGUCUCGCCAACUCUAGCCGGGGGCACUUGGCAAUCUUUUACCGGGAUUCCCCUUCCAAGUUAAUUCGCAAGGAGACAGACUUUUGAACUAUGGAUAAGAUGGUCAUUGGAUGGGACUCCUCUCCCCAGCUCGAAUGGGAGGCUUAACAAUAAAAACCAAGGACAAGUGGGACCUGUAUUUUUAUUUUUAUUUUAUUUUUUUUGCUUCCUCCGCAUUACAAGUGCCGCAGGUCCCAGGCGGUCUGCUUUGCUUUGUCACUACAAGAGAACAGCGGCUCUCCCGGAUCAGGACCGCAAAGCCCUGUCCCGUUGCCGCCUCUGCUGAGAACUCUCGUCUCAACCAACUGAGACGAUUUAGGCUGUUGUCCACAGCACGGACUACUAUUUAUUUUUUGUCCCCAAUUCCCCUUUUCCUCUUGAGUUGUGUCUUUUUUUGUUGUGUCUAUUUAUCAUAACUGUGCGGGAGCAGUGAUCCUUUGAACCCUCACCUGCAACCGUUCCGGAAGGCCUCCGCCUGCCCAGAAAUGAGGAAUGCGCCUCUCUCUCCUGCCCCACAGAGCAGCGUGGCGUCCUGCGUGAUGUAAGCCCUUCCCUGAUGUAAGCCCUUCCCUGGUGGGGGGGAGCGGCUGUGCUUCAGCCAAGGCGGAACCGCGGAAGGGGGGUUUUUCUGCACUGACGGGCCACCAGUGGGCGAGACAGCUGCCACGCCCUCCCUCUGAUCUGGUCCUCCCCAUCUUUUGUGGGGUUUGGUGGGGGGCGGGGAGGCAAACUCAUGGCACGGCCUAGGAAGACUUUUCAAGCCAUACUGUGCUGGGACCAUUGGACAGUGGCGGAGGGUGUGGAGAUGGCUACCAGUUUCGGCGGCGAGAGUCUUGGCCAAAACGACACACGCGUGGUGGGAGAGGGUGGACUCCUCUUUCCCCCCACCCACCCCGGGCAAGGAAACUCACACAAGAAACCUCUAAGGAUGCUGCUGGCUUCUGGAUGGUUUUAAUUCUUCUUCUUUUUUUAAACGUACCACCUCUCUGUGUCGCAGGUUCCCCCCCAGUUUCUGUACAUACUUCGGCGGUGGGCGAGAAGGUAGCUGCCGCGUCUUGCAGUUAGCAGCCGAAUGGGAGUCUGAGCCUGCAGGACGGAACGUUAGCUGCCCCUCCCCAGGGCCGUUCAGAGUAGCCAAGAACUCCUCCUUCCAGAACAAGAUCCAGCCCCUCCCCUGUCGGAAACACUUCCAUCUUCAGCACCAAAGCAGGGAGGGACGGCGCGUUGCUGCAGAAAGUGGGGGCGGGGGUUGAAUAUUUCUCAGGGAAGGGCUUUUUUGGCAACACCCCCCAGGAUGCACCACUCUUGCCCCCAAGAGAGAAGCCAGAGUGGUUAUGGGGAAAGCUGAUGGCGCCAGCCUGCAUGAUGAUGCCCCCCUUCUCCCCCACCCAGUUGCAUCAGGGCCCACAGAGAGGGGAGAGAGAGCCUGAAGUUUACAAAAGGUGGGGGUGCAAAGGACCCCUUGGGUGGUCCCCCAAACUGAGAUCUCUGCCCUUUAUCCACCCCCUCCAAAAAAAUCAAUCAAGAGGAGAAGAGAAAUUUGCAUGAAGGAAGGAGAUGAUGGGCACUUUCCUAUGUAGAGGUUCCCAUCAGCAAUGAUGGAAGUGUGUGCAGCCCCUUUUCCUCGUGUGGCGAGGUCUGUAUCCAUGGAAAUGCAGGCCAGGGGGAUGAAGUGGCUUGAUGGUUGGGGAAGGAUCAGCCCUCUUUAGGGGUCCUUGAACUCCCCUGAGAAUCCCACUGUGAUCACUAAAGCCCCAACCCAAACUGCUAGCAGGAAAGGAGGGGGAAACCUCAUGUUUCCCCCCUUGUAUGUGACAGACUACUUUUUUGUCCCUGCUAUCGUGAUGUGGAAUCUCUGCAAGAGAUCGGUACUAAUUCUGUAAUUUAAGCAAAAUGGAAAAGAGGAGUCUGAGUCCGGGGUGUGUGUGGUGUUUUUUUUCCUUCUUUUUUUGUAUAGACUGACCAGAGGAAACGGCUCACUCCCCCAAGAGAGGAGAUUGUUGGGUUAGAUGUAGAACUUUAUGCUUUUUACUUUAUUAUUAUUUUUCUUAAGUGCAAUAAAAUCUAUCAGGGAGCUUGAGAGGGAACUUUGCUGCAUGGAAUUUCAGGCUGGAGAGGCAGAAGCAAAACGUUUUGUGUGCCCUUCACUGCUUGACCGUGAUUUUCUCUCUUUUUCACUCACACACACGCACACACAUGGAGUUUUUGCUGAGUUAACACUACAUUAAAAAGAAAAAAAGAUGGCGCCAGUUUGAUUUCUGUGUUUUUCUUUUUUUGUCAUUCCUUUUUGUUGUGUGUGGAGUUUUAUUUUGUUGAAACUGUCUUCUAUUAAAUGAAAAAGCUGCAUUCA